GUUUGUUUGUUUGUUUGUCGACAGGGACAUUAUGACAUUUGUGGAUCACAUCGUGUGGUGUCGUGUUGAUAGAUCAUAUAACGCUCAUGUCACUCAUUGACCACUUCUAUCCAAGUCGGCCCUCACUACUCAGCCGCCUGUGGUCUUGAGAAUGAAGCACCCCACAGGGCAGCUGAAGGUGGCCUUGGCCCGCUCCAGGUCGCAGUCGAGCGACGUCGUCCAUCGCAACGGCUGCAGCCCAUCUGGCCUCCCUCCCUGCGCAUGAUGGGCGGUGGGCGUCUUGUCCUCCUCGUGCUGCAGGUUCGUCAGCUCCUUCUUGCCCGCCAUCAUGCUCAGAUACCUGCCAGACAGAUCCAAUCCCGGCAAACACGGUGGGUGCUGUGGGUGGUGUGGGGGGUCGUGUCAUUUCAUGUACCUGGCGGCGUCUCCCGUGCCAGUGAGGAUGACGAUCAAGGAGUUGGCCGGCGCCGCAUCGUAGAGGCGCCUCACGUGCCCCUCGAUGGCUCGAAGGCACGACUGACGGGCGUCGGAUGGCAGCGGGGGAAACAGGGCGCGGGAAUCACGCUGAAUCGCCUCCAGAUCUAUGUCAACACACACAGCAGAGCAGCGAUGCCUCUGCGCUGUUGUCAUCUUGCUCAUCCGGCCAUGUGUGUACCGAUGUCAUUGCUGCGCGGGCUGCCGUCGCCCUGCCCGUCGUCCAUGGCACCCUCCCUCUCCCUCUCCCUGUUCUUGUCCUUGUCCUUGUGCAGCGGCUCGAGCCCAUCCCUCACCCUCUGGUACACGUGCACCACCCGCUUGACGCGAUGGUUGAAGGUGUAGAGCUUGCCCGUGUCCAUCCCAACAUUGGCCGAACACAGCCGCUGGUAGUCACGCAACACGCACACCGACACACGGGGCACACAACCGGCCGCCGCGCUGGCACCGAGUGCGUGUGCUUGUGGGGGUGAGCGUUUGCCAGAGCCGUUCUUCUUGCAGGGGGGUGUGAGUUCCAUGGCGCUGGGCAGGUCGGGGGGAGAGGGGGAGUGUGUGUGGGUGGCGGACGAGAGGCGGCGCUGCAGGGCCUCCAUGUGGUUGACCGUCUCGGCGUCAGAUUCCGUUUGGAUGGCCUUCACACCCUGCACACAUCCAGACAGACAGAUAACACACAGGAUAUCACACGACAUGAUGCAGUGAGUGUCUCCUCUGUCUCGUCUCACUCUCCCUGGCCUGAUAGAUCUUACCUGGAACAUGGGUCCGAUCAGCGUGUGCUUCAUCCUGUGUGGGACCGAGUCGCACAGCACCACCCGAUCCGUCGGCUCAAACGCCACACCUCCCACACCAACCUCACCACCCAACACGCAUCCCCCGCCACCACCAUUGCCCAUCGUCGACCGCCCUUCAUGAUCCUCUUUUGCAAUCGUCAACGACUGCAGAGUGUUGGCUGCCCCCGAGAGGGGGCCGGCCUGUGAGGAAGUUGAUGCGCAUGCGCAUGGGGCGGGCACCGUGGAUGAGAAGGGCACUGGGGCGUUGGGUGCCAGGGAGCCGCCGAAGCCGGGGCCGUUUUCCAGCUUGAGGAUGGCCAGCCGGAGGGCGGCCUUGGCGUCCUCGACUGAGUCGUGUCCGUCUUUCCUAUCGAGACCCUCCUUGUGAAGAUACGUCUUGACCUGCAUGAACCCAUGCAGCACUCAGCCAGACAGACACACAGACGAGGUGGGGGAGGUGUUGUGUUGUGUUGUAUGGUGGAAGGGCUGCGUACGAGGUAUUGCAGAGAUGACUUGUUUGGCGGCCUGGGGUGGGGGUAGAGGAGGGCCGUGUCCAACACACGGGUGUGCACCAGACGGAGAUACCUAUGUGUGUGUCGUGUACGACAGCAGAAGGAUCCACCAUCAGGCCGUGUCUCUAUCUUUGUGCGGCGGCUCACGUGAGAUCGUUUUCCAUUGAGUGUCCGACGAGUAUGGCGUCAUGGGGCAGGGCGCGACGCAUCUCCUCGUGCACGUCAGACAGACCCGUUGUCACAUCUACCAAAAUGACGAUAGAUACACAAACCAAACAAUCGACAAGUGGGUAACCCAUCCCUUCUCCCUCCCUCCUUUUCCUUGCGUCCCUCUGCUCACCUUUGAGGGUCUCCUCAGAGAUGCCGCUGUAUCUGGUGAGGUAGUCUGUGACCUUGCCCGCUGGCCUGACAAACGUGUCCACCACCGUCUCCCACCGCACAUUGACGAUCGACACCCGCGUGAUCUCCAUCCCAUUCUCCGUCUCACACAUCUCGCAGUCAAGACCGAACAGCUUCGCGUGGUCAGGAUCGUCCUCUAUGCGGUCCAGCAGCUGGGUGGGCUCGGCGUCUGCAGCAGAGGCCUGCUGCUGCUCGCCGUCCAGCACGAUAAAGCCACUUGGAGGGUUGCGUGACGUCGGGGGAUCUGCAGAGGUGAGAAAAGCGUCUGGUGCAUUGAUUGGCAGUGGCUGGUGCGUUGCGUACCGAAUGCGGGAUAGCCAUUGGCGCGGAGGUCAUCGGGGGAGGGGAAGUAAUGGCGCACCGGGGGCACCCGACGGGGAGGGGCCGACUUGUCCUGUUUGUUUCUCAUCUGCGGCGGCCGACGACUGUCCUCUGGCUUGACAGCGUGAUACGUCAACAGGCGCUGACAGGGCACGGACACACAGACACGAUAUGACCAAGAGUGGGCUGGCUAAAUCGGUGUCACACGUUCAUCCCCCCUCCACACGCAUCGCAUCGCACCGACCUCCACAAAGGAGCACCCGGCAUUCCUGUCGACUGGCUCGUAGCGCCUGCAACACAAACAAAACAGAAACCACCAAACAUCCAACGAACAAGCCAAGCCCCGUCUAUCUCUCUCUCUCGUGGUCUGGUCUGCUGCAUCCAUCCAGCCAUACAUGGUGCAUGCGGUUGGCUCGCCCCUGUUGACGGUCUUGAGCAGCUCCCUGAAGGCCUCUCUGAAGGUCAGCUGGUCCAGGUAGGGCACCAUGACGACCAGCGCCUGGCUGACAUCCACUGGGGAGAGGUCUAUCCAGUCGCUGCCGUAGCCGUCCUUCUCCCGGUCCUUCAUCGCCUGACGCAUUUCGGGCGGCAGGAACGCCCUGCAGGAAGAACAAAGAGUCAAGAGGACGGGUGCAGGAGACCCGACAGGAUGGGUGCAUUGAGUUUGGCUGUAUGCUAUGGCUGACUGACCAUCUGAUGAGGUUCUGCACGUCAGCCAUGUCAGGCUUCAUCUCGCCAAAGAACGGACCUCUUCCUCCCGGGUUGGUGCGGCGGAGAUUCAGCUGCAUGACAUACACACAAUGCAUUGCAUUGCACAGACACCACACAGGAUGAAAUGGGAGCGGUGAUUGAGGUGCAUCUGUUAGCACAUGGAUCUGUCCGCCUCACCACGACCGCGGGAUUUUCCCGUUCUUGCGCGGAUCUCUUCUUGUUCUUGCCCAUUGCGCCUCUGGGAACACCACAGGUUUGUUUCCG